AUGGAGGCGCGCGGACGCGGAUGGGGCGACGGCGACGGCGUGGACGUGCGAUGGCUCGAGAGCGAGCGAGCGGAGGCGUUGCGACGGGCCGAGGCGCUGCGCGAUCGCGUGUUGGCGUCGAGACGGUUGUUGAGCGAGGAAUUGCGCGCGCGACGAGACGCGGAGCGGGGGCGACGGAUGCGGUACGGUGGGGACGAGACGGAGGCGUCGCGCGGACGGCGGGCGGCGCCGACGCGGGAGCGCGAGCCGACGACGCCGACGCGGGCGGCGAGGCUUCGUAGGGAGACGAACGAUUUGGGAGAGAAGUUGGAAGAUUUACGAGCGAAGCUCGAACGGGCGAGCGCGGCGAACUCACCGGGGGUGUCUCGCGGGCCGUCGCCGCUGGCGUCGCCGCUCAAGGCGUACGGAGACGGUGACGACGCGCUCGAUCGAGCGAAGGGGACGAUGCGAGAGCGUUUCGAGAGCGAGUUGGAGAACGCGAAGAGAGAGGCGCGAGCGGGGGAGGAGGAACUGCGCAAAGAGCUCGCGCGCACGCGAAUCGAGCUAGAGAACGCAAGUCGCGCUCGCGCCGAGCUGGAAUCCGCGCGAGAAGAAUCACAUAGACUCGCACAGUCGCUGAGCGCAGAGACGACCGAGCGAGAGAAGGCGAUCGAGCGGGCGGUGAAUGCGGCUAGGGAGGAAUUCGAAAGGCGCGCGCGAGAUUCCCGCGACAUUGCGGAGCGAGAGGUGGCGGCGCGCGUGCAGGAAAUCGCCGAGCUCCAAGCCAAGCUCGUCGCCGCGCGCGCUGAGUUCGACGCGCAUCGCAAGGCAGAAAGCGGAGCUCUUUCGUCACAAAUCGCGCAACAAACGACGAUUCAGCAUAAUCUCGUGCAAGAGCUCACCGAAGCGAAGACGGAGGAACAGCGAGCAAAGGUGCGGGCGAGAGCGCUUGAGGAACGCGUCGCUGAACUCACAGAGUCGCUCGAAUCGGCGCUGAAACAGAAUGCGGUCGCGGCGAAGGAUCAGAACGAGGCGGUGUCACUUAAAGAGCGAACGCUCGGCGCGGAUCACGUCGCAAAGACGAUGGAGAUGGAGAGGCUGAACGAGGAACUUAAAUUAACUGUCGAGCGUCUGCGAGCGGAUGACGAAGCGCGCUUGAACGCCAUCGCGAGACUCGAGGGUGAGCUCUCGAAGGCGAACGAAGCGUUGACAGCGUCGACGAAAGCCGAGAACGCGUGCACGGUGCGAGCGAAGGCGCUUGAAGAGGAGCUCGAGCGCGUCAAGAGUUCUGCGAGUUCUGCGACGGAUUCGGCGAUGAGCGAGCUCCGCACCAAGGCAAGCACGCUCGAGGAUCGCGUGCGAGAACUCGAGCUUGAGCUCGAAACCGCGCUCGCUAGGUACGAGACAAACGAGGCUGAGUAUCAAAAGAUUGUCGAGGAGGUUACGGCGAGAAACGAAGCGCUCAUGGCGAAACACGUCGGCGCGGUGGACACUUCGACCAGGACGCUGCAGACGCAAAACGAACGCCUAAAGAACGAGCUUGACGCCCUCACGAAGGAGCUCUCGGAGACACGACGCGCCUCUGAAACUGGAAGCAUCUUUGCUUCUUUCCUCGGCGGACCUUCGGGUCUGAGCGCGGCGACGAAGAAGCAAAUAAAGGACCUUGAGGAUCUCGCCGAGUCACGCGCCGCCGCGUGCGAGGCGCUCGAGACACGUCUUCGCGAAACGGUUGCCGAGCGCGACGCCCUGCGCGCCCAACAAACCAAUCCAACCCCAUCCCUGGCCUCGCUCUUCGGUCUCGUGUGA